UCAUGGUACAUGAAGAGCAGUCAACAUAUUUUUUGGAAUGUUGAUCUGCUCUGUGCUAAAUCCUUCAUCCUUAAAGAGGUGCCGCUGCCACACUCUCCCAACAUUAUACCAAGGCGUGCACUUUUUAUUGAAGCUGACUAGGAUUCAUUCUGUUUUUAUCUUAUUUGAGAGGCAAUAUGUUGUUUCUUGCCCAGUCUGGCAUCUCUUUGCAGUGAAAUUCAGGUCAGGGGAUCCAGCAGCAUGGGCGGCGUGGCCGGUGGCAGCAGUAGUGAAGGUCAAGACCUUGGAUGAAGGGGCGUCCACCAUAACACGCAUGGCCACCUCGUCCUUCAACCCCCCACAGCAAGGCUGUACAGCUUCAGCUCACUGCUCCAGAGCAUCGUUCUUGCCUUCUUGGAUCUUGGGUGAUUCGUCCGCACCUGUGGGUCUCGGGUGCCUCAUUCUGUGCCAAGUCUUUUUGUUGUUCAGAGUGUGCCCAGUAAUGGUUACCGCCACUCGAGCACUUUCAGAUCAGGGACUUCCUUGUAAUUACUAUAGGUCUGUGAAAGAACUAACUGGCGAGCCGUCUGGAAGCCUGUUUCCUCUGGAAGAAAACUGUUUGUUAUCAGAGCUGUCAUGUGCUUCCUUUCUUGGUUGCUAAGAUGUAAAUACCACUCAUGAAAGCACAUCCAGCAGAGCCUAAUCUUAAAACAUGAGACUGAGGAACUUCAACCGUAACGGUUUGAUCAAGUUUUCAAUUAUUUCACAUCAA